AAACAGCUUGAUCAAAACAAAACACGAAUACUUAAUUAACUUUAAAAUGCAGCUAUCGACAGUUCAACCUGUGUUUAAGUUGGAAUUAAAUCAUAAGGUCACGCCAGAUGUGGUGACCAUUGCAAAAUAUGAUGGAACACAUCCCUGUCUCACAGCGUCUGCUGGAUAUGAUAAAAUUAUAAUUCAUCACCCACAUGGCGGAGUGGCCAGUGGUCGUGCGCAGCGAUCACAGGCUCAUAGCGAGGUCUCAGAACUGAACCUUAGCCAGGCCAUCAUAGCGCUCGCGGCCGGACCUUUGCGACCUGACACUGGCAGAGAUAUGCUACUUAUUGGAUCACCUACACAGAUCCUAGCUUACGAUGUCCAUGACAAUACGGACCUCUUCUUCAAAGAGGCUCCCGAUGGCGUUAACGUGAUCAUAGCCGGGUUCUUUGGUAAGCACACAGAAACCCUAGCUAUUAUCGGUGGGAACAGUUCUGUGCAAGCCAUUGAUUGGCAAGGAAAUGAAGUCUUCUGGAAUGUUGUUAGCGGUAAAGUUUGCGCUAUGAUUACUUUUGAUUUUGAUAAGGAUGGGGAGAAUGAGCUCCUCAUAGGAUGUGAUGAUUCAUUCAUUAGAGUCCUAAAGAACAAUCAGUUCAUUGCCGAAAUUGCUGAAACGGGCCCUAUACUGUGUCUGUCUCCCGUAAACGAAGUAAGGUUCGCUUAUGGACUUGCUAACGGUACCAUUGGAAUUUAUGAAGAGGGGAUACGACUUUGGCGAGUUAAGUCCAAGCAAAAUGCACUAGCACUUCAAUGGUCAGGAGAAACCUUAGCAUGCUGCUGGUCAAAUGGUCGCAUUGACUGGCGCGAGGGCAACACGGGACGGGUGUUACGCAGAGUGCAGAUGCGGGCCAAUGCAGCAGCAAUGUUGCUGGCGGACUACCGCUCCGUAGGUGCUCCUGAUCUCGUCUGUGUCUCCGACAGAGGCGAGGUAUUAGGAUACCCACCUUACCAAGAGAAUACUGGCUUCAACUCGGCAUCAAAGAACAUGGCUUCUGAAGAGGACAGGCUGGCCAUAACCGAGCUGUUCAAUAAGAAGCAGGCCCUCAUGGUAGAAUUGCAGCAUUACGAGGCUAACGCUGCCAGUGGAAGUGUUAGCCUGGAAAACCUGGAGCGACCUGCUUCAGCUAUGCCUACAAACACGAGGCUGCAGGUGGCUGUUCUGCAUACCGUAGAUGAGGGCUGCCUGCAACUAGCAGUAUCAACGAACAAUGAGACGAUUGUUCGUGCAGCUCUCGUAUUGGCGGAGGGUAUCUUUGAGACCGGGGAGACAUUCGUGCGACACCCGCAUCCUUCUAAACUCAGGUCUUUGCUCCAUGUGCCUUUGCGACCACCACGCGAUGUGCCCGUUGAUGUUCAUAUCAAGGCUCUGAUUGGUUACCCAGAUAGUGAACAGUUUCAUAUUUUCGAGCUGACAAAGCAGCUUCCGAGGUUCGCCAUGUACCAGUUGAUCAACAAGGAAGUACGUAACAAAGGGAGCAGCUACGUAACUUUCCGAAUUACCGAAAGGGUGCAAAGAAUCUGUAUUUGGGUGAACCAGAACUUCCUUCUUGAUGAAGAAUUGGACCUGGAGUCAGAAGAGACUAAGGAAUUGCAUGUGAAUCUUCUGUGUUUGAGAGACCAGUUUUUGUUCCUGGACUUUGGAGCUGAUGGACAAGUGAAGUUCAACACCCAUGACAUAAGACUGGCUGGAGAUCUGAUACAGAGUCUAGCUUUUUUGAAUUUAGCUGAUUUACAGUCCAUUGCCCAGUUUCCCGAAGCCGAAAAGAAACUUCGUGAAGAAAUGGACCAUGUGUCUCAAAUAGGGGAGAUGCGGUCUCGGUUAGCUGCUGAGACGGCAGAGCGAGCACAACUUAUAACAGCUUUAUUGCCUGCUGCUCAGGACGCGGCUGCAUAUGAUUUAAAAGAAAUGUUAAAUCGUUACAAAGAAGUUGUUAUGCUGAAUGAGGAACUACUUACGGGUUGUUAUAUCAGACGCUCAACACAAGAGCAAGCAGUCAUUGCUCUCAAGAGCUUGCACACUAUCUUACAGCAGGCUGUUAGACUUCGAGUUGGUAAAUACGGCAAGGCAGUAGUAGCAGCAAGUAGAAAAGCAGUACAAGACAAUAAUAUUGAAGCUCUUAUCAAGAUAAUACAAGUUGGGGAUUCAUCAAUGAUAUAACUUUUUCAAAAAUACUUUGUUAUUUAAUUCAUGUAUUUAAA